GGUAUAUAUUUCUUCAACCUCAAAUUACCUCCUCAACCAUCUGUUUCUCUAAAUUAAACACUUCACCAACGCUCAUUUCCUUCAUCUGUGUAAACUGUACCUAGUUGAUAAUAUAUCUCCGUCAACAUGGAUAAAUGGCCUCAAGAGCUCUAUGACCACGUCAUUUCCUUCUAUUACAAAGGUAUAUUUAUUUCUCAUCCAGCUUUACUGGCACUCGCAACUGUGUCCCGCAAGUUUCAAAACUCCGUCGAACGCUAUACCUUCCGAAGUAUACUGUUCACUGCUACCGAUUCAAAGCUGGACGAGUUGACCCGUAUUUUAACCCCGCGGCGCCGCAGCUUUCUACGGAAUCUUGCUAUUAAGAUGGUCUUACCACCAUACCCUUCUGAAUGUUUUACCGAGUUCGAAACGGAGCAGGAUCGCAGAGCCAAUAAUGAGGCUAUGACCGCAGCAUUAAAGCGAGUCUUCUGUCUAAUUUCAACCCCUUUCGACCAUGAUGACAGUAUAACACCAAUGCUCAAUUUAAAUAUAUUUGGGCCACAUUCACCUUCGGACAAAGGAACAAGACCGCUUCUACCAAGGCUCCCCCCUAAUCAUCAAUAUCCUAUUAGAUUAGAUCUUAACGCUGCGCGUUAUAAAUUCUCGCUGCUUGAUCUCACAUCUGAUGUGUCCGACUUCCCACCCCUACUUUGUGUUCGACAGUUCACCAUCUCUGACGGGCGUCGCAAUUGGAGCCCUCGUGUUGCAAUGCUUCUCUCUACCAAGAUGGUAAAAGCUAAGAGUAUCAAUUGGUGCCUGGAUCGUCGCGAAGAUAGUUGGGGUCGGUACUACAGCCUAGAUCGAAGACUCCGAAACGAUCUUGUUCAGAGUAUCAUGUCAGCAGAUCUUCCAGCAUCUACCACAAAGUUUUCUUGCCAUAUACCUGGACCGUGGGCUGAUAAUCGACAAAUGCUCCUCCCUGAAUUCAUCGCUCCAGGUGAUUAUGACCCAGUCAGCUGCGCCUUUCGACACCUUACAAGACACUGUACCUAUGUCCAUAUCAUAGGUCCCAUACAUUCCACAUUUUUUGAUCCUCCAACAGGUGUGCCGAAUGGGGUUAAGCAGUGUUGGAACAAUGUAGAGACUUUAAAAGCCACAGUCUCCAUGCGUAACCCAGAAGGAAAGUGGUUAUUCGAACUUGAAAACGGUGUUGAUGAGGACCAGGACUCCUUAAUUACACUUGAUCAACUUCCACCGGGCUAUGGAGAUACGAAGGAGGAGUUGGACGAACGCGAGAAAUAUUAUUACCGACACAUGGUCGAACCAAAUCUACAUGACGAGCCUGAGAGGGUUAUACCAAAUGACAUCGAGCUGAACGCUUUUUUCACAGCUUUCGCACGAGCGUGCUGCCGCUUACCGAAGCUAAAAGAGGCUUCUGUAGAAAUAGUAUGUAUGGGUACGGAUAUUUGGCAAUAUGAGGUGGGGUGUCUGGCACCGGGUACGCCGUUCCCAAGGGGCAAACCAAUGCCCGCGCAUGAUAUGAGCUCAUGGAGAGUCUAUUUCUAUCUAAACCAGUGGCAACCCUCUGAAAGUACGGUUGAGGAACUUAAGAUGAUCGGAAGGACACGAAAUGGAUGGGAUCCCGUAUUCUUGUGGGGAGAAUCGAUGUACUAAUAACUAGUAUUGUCUGUCUUUUUGCGCUGGAUUUAUUUCUCAUUAGGUUAGGUGCCUAAUUUGGUAGUACGUCGGAUCAUCACCAAGUCACAUAUUUAUAAAUGAUCUUGAUGCUACUGCUAAGCUAUGCAAGCAACUGUCAAGAUCUCUUGGACACGUACUACAUCUACAGUAGGUAGCCACUCGCAGCUUUGCUGCAUGGACCCGUACGUUGGCUUACAUGAGAAUGUGAGGAGAUCGUCAGGGUGAAUUCCAGUGAGGUCAUCCUUUAAUAUGCCCUUAAGAAAGCUGAGUAGCAUUUUAACUUUCUGUGACUCCGGCAAUUCGCCCAUUCUGUUUUGAACUUGCUCGAAUUAGAGCACGCCAUGCUUAACUUACCAUUACUCCCCUGAAUGAGUGAUGAUCAGAGUUCAUCUGUAACCCCGCCGUGUCUUGGCUCGCCUACGAAAGUCGGACAUCCGGAAUAGGAAGACGAAAGC